AUGCAGCCCGUUCGCUUCCAGUAUGAUGUCCUCCUGAAGCACAAGGUCCCUCAGGUCCACGUGGUCUUCAAGCUGGGCAUCUUUGACUUUGGCACAGCAUACACCCCCGACUCCCUUGAGCACAGCGGCCACUUCGGUGCUGUGGACGUAGAGACGCUCGAGGGCUACGCAUACGCCUACUACUUUGACGAGUACGGCAACAAGAUUGACUCUCCCCCCACCCCCGUGGUGCAAGUCACCCUUCCCCGUCCUUCAAAGCGCAACAUCGCCAGCCCCUCUGCCUCCCCCACUACCACCACAAUCGCUGCAAAGAAGUCUCCCCAUGCCACUCGCAAAGCGUUGCCCUCACCCUGA